AUGUCAAGUGUACAUGUACAAGAACAAGAUCAUUAUAACGAUGUUAUAAGUGAGAGUGAGGGUGAUUAUGUUGAGAUAGUAGAUUCCGUGAAUGAUUCUGCAGUUGUUGGUUUUGCAUAUGCAUCAGUUUUAGGUGGAAAUAAACACAAACUUAGAUUUAGUGUUUGGGAAUUUUUUAAGCUCGUAGUUGUUGAAGAUAGUUCAAAGAAGGGAGUGUGCAAAGCUUUUGAACAGGGAUAUAAAUAUGAUAGCCAGAAAGGUGGAACCUCAACUAUGAGAAGGCAUAAGUUCCCUGAGCGUAGGAUGUCUCUAACAUCAGACAUGUGGACUUCUAUUACGACCAUCGGAUAUAUAAGCUUAACUGUGCACUUUCUUGAUCAAAAUGGGGAGUUAAAGAAGUUUCUUCUGAAUUUUUAUCCCCUUCCACCACCUCAUACAGAUUGGGGAAUUCAACUCAAGGUAUCCAAGAUCACCUUGGAUAAUGCUACAAAUAACGAAGCUUGUGCUAGAAUUAUGAAGAGUAGACUUGUUGCAAAUAAGAUCCUGUUUAACGAGGGAAAAUACUUUCAUGUGCAUUGUUGUGCUCACAUCUUAGUUUUUAUUGUAAAAGAAGGACUUGAGAAGAUUGAUCCAGUUGUGCUUAAGAUAAGACAACCAGUGAAGUCCCUUAAAAAGUCCCAAGUAAGAAAACAAAAGUUCCUGGACAUUGUUGAUACUUUAGGAAUGUCUGGAAGAAGGGAUAUUUGUCAAGAUGUAAAAACAAGGUGGGAUUCCAUUUUUCUUAUGUUAUAA